CAAAAAUUGAAGAAAAAAUUGUUAAAUAUCAAUUCUAUGGCUUUCGAUUGUUUAGCAAUACAUUGUAAUCAUUCGUGUGACAUGCAUGAAAAAGUUAUCACAAGGUUUUCCACAGUUUUUCAAUUUUCAAUAGCCUAGAGAGAGAAAACGGAAGUUCAAUUUUUCUUCGUAUUUUCUCUUGAGUUAUCAUAAACGAGAAGCAACGGACCUCCAUUGCAUUGCAUGAAAAAAGGACUGAUUCUCCGAACAUAACCAUGUCUUUGGAGGAGAUACAGUCCUGGUGGGAAGUUCCAUGUAUUGCGCAUUUUUGUUCGUUGUUUAGAUCAGCGUUUGACUUGCCAGAUUUUGAUAUUGAGGACUUGGAGGAAGCUCUUAUAGACUCCUCUAGAGAGGAGAACAACUUCUUCUUGACCGAUUUGAUGUGCAAACUUCUGAGAGGAUACUAUGGAAGAGAAGAUAUUGAAACAUUUAACUGUGAGGUAUUUCUGAAGGACACAUUUAAGUACAAUUGGGAAAUCUUAGAGAAAAGGGAGGGCAACCCUCUUGCCGACUCCAGUUUUAAGGACCUGCCACUGAGAACAAAAGUAGAAAUUCUGCAGUGUUUGUGUGACUACAGACUUGAUGCUACCGAUAUCAUGGAUCAGCUGAAGGGGUUUGAUGGAGACAAUAUGAGGAUAGAACCUUUAGGAAAGGAUUCUGUAGGAGCUAAGUACUGGUACUUCUAUGGGAGUAGGCUCUAUAAAGAAGACCCGGAGCCUGAAGAGAUUAAACAAAAAGCCAAGAAAAAGGAAAAGAAAGCCAAGGAACCCAAUAAAAAGAAGCAAAAGAAGGAAAAAGAAAGCAUCAAAACUUCACGUGGGCGCAAGGUGAAGAAAGCUGUGAAGGAGGAGGAAAGUAGUGAUGAAAAUUCAGAGGAAGAAGUGGAAUCUGAUUCUGAGGAUGAUAUCAGUCUGUCUCAACUAACGCCGAAGUCAACACCUCGGGGGAAAAGGAAUAAUAGAGCUAAAACCCCUGGGAGACCAAAAGCUACAGAAACCAAGGAAAGAAAAGAACCAGAAGUAAGAAGAAGUAGCCGUGGAAGGAUUUUGACAAAGAAAGGUCCGCUGUACAGUGAUGAUGAUCAAAGUCCAGCUGUAAAGCAGAAUGUUGUAAACAGGACGGUGACCCCUGUGAGGUCAGGUCGGAGAGGUCGACCUAGCAGGGCAGAAGCCGCGGUAGAGAAAGCUGCUAACAGUGAUUCUGGAAUAGAGGAAGAAAAUGAGGAUGACAUUAUAACUCCAAGAUCUUCUAGACAAGGUUCCAUAUCCAGUGUGACCGAGAACAGCACUCCACGAGGCGGCAGCACAAGGAAACAAAAACUUACUACGCGGGAGGAGACCCCAGAAAGACCCAGAGCUGGUAGACGAGGGAGACCACCAAAGGCCAAUAAAAACCGAAACAACAAUUCAGCAGCAAAGUCUUCUCAACUAUCUUCUGUGUGUAACAAUGAAGAUAGCGGGCCUCAGCCAGAGGAAGGGGCUAUGCAGGGCAAGAGCAGCAAACUGGAGGCUGGAGAUAGUAAAGAGGAGGCUAUGGAUAAUAAAGAGGAGGCUAUGGAUAGUAAAGUGGAGGCCAUGGAUAGUAAAGAGGAGGCUAUGGAUAGUAAAGUGGAGGCCAUGGAUAGUAAUCUUGAGGCUGGGGAUAGUAAACCAGAAGUAGAGGAUGCCAUGCAAAGGGUGGAGAAUAGCAAAUCCGAGAUUGAGGAUAUAAAGCCAAUGUCUGGGGAUUGCAAACUAGAAGUUACGGAUAGCCAGCUGGAAGUUGUGGAUGACCAACUCAAAGUUAUAGAUAGCAACUUAGAAGUUAUGGAUAGCACACUGAAAAUUAUGGAUAGCAAACCUGAGGUUGAGAAUAGUAAACCAGAUGUUGAAGACAGCAAGGAAACAAGAUGUGCCAAUGGAAAUAUAGAAAAAGAAGAAGGAAUGGAAAUAGAUGAACAAAUUGAGACAAAUGAUGAAAUAAGUUUGGAAAAUCAGAAAGAAAUUAAAGAAAAUGAUGAAAGUGAGUUACAAUCAGCUCCAAAUUCUUCAGAAGUUCUGGAUGUAAAAGAACAAGAAAAUGGUAGAAAAAAUGAAUCAAUCAUUGAGAGGGAAGAUGACGAAGUGGAAGCUGAUGAUGAUGAGAAUGAUGAACAAGACUUAGACGUAGAUGAUGUGAGAUCAGAAACCAUGGGAGAUCCAAAGGAGGGGGCAGCUCUUGAUGAAGAGGACAAUCAAGGGAGUACAGGGGAGGAAGGACCUAGAAAACUGCGGGCUCGAGCCACGGCCAACAGUAUUGAUGUCAUCAGUGAGGGAACAGAGAAAAUCGCCACUGCCACUGAGAAGAGAGAACGCCAGCCCUUUCCCAAGAGACCACUGAAUCCCAACGUGAGAUGGCACCUGAUCUGUGUGGACAUGGAUGACUGGGAAGGUUUGGCGGAGCUGUUGAAGGACAGCAAGGUCAAGUGUGAGAGGGACCUGUACAAGUGUAUCGUCGAGGACUUCCUCCCCGCCAUCCCAGACAUCAUUGAGGCCAGGCUAAAGGAAAAACUCCGGCGAGAGCAAGAGAAUCUGCCCCGCCGCACGUCGUAUAGAAUUGAGCUGAAGCGACGCGAGCAACUGGAACAGGAGAAAAUUUUAGCUGAAGCCAAAGCUGAUGAAGAUAAACAAAGGCAGGCUGAGGAAGAGGAGAGGAGGAAGAAGCUCGAGGCAGAAAGAGAGGAGGAGGAAAAGAAAGCGAGGGAGGAGAGACAGAGGGCCAGAGAAGAGAGAGCCAAGCGGCUGGCGCUGAGAGAACAGAGGGCAGCACUGUUGGCUCAGGGUAAAGAAAUCCCCCCAGAGCUGAUGUACGUGGCCAACACAAACAGUAGCAAGUAUGUGGAUGACCAUGACAGCUACACAAACAGGGUAGAAUUAGAUGAAGAAGUUGUGGAAGAAAUGAAUAGAGUUCUAGAAAUGGUGAAAGCCCACAAAGAUGCCUGGCCGUUUGAAGAACCUGUCGCUGAGGAGGAGGCACCUGGUUACCAUGACAUUAUCAAGCGACCAAUGGACUUGUCCACAAUCGAAAAGAAGCUGACCAGUAGAGCGUAUCGAACCAAGAACCGAUUUGUCCAGGACUUGAAUCUGAUGCUGGAUAAUUGUAGGCAGUUCAACGGCGAAAACAGCGAUCUUGGAGAAAUGGCCUCAAGACUUCAGAGGUUUGUGAACAGGCUUGUCAAACAACACCUAGAAAAGGCAACCAGUGCUUACGAGGUGGAUGAGGACUUCAGAGUCAGUAGAGGUGGAGAAACUGUAGAGAAAAAGUUCCGCCCAAAGCGUGGGGCUAGUUCACGAGCCAGAGACACACUCAGAAAAGCCAUGGAUGAUGACGAGUUUGAGCAAGCCAUGGAUGAGGAUGAUGAUGAGUACUAUGAUGAUGAGGACUCCAACAGCAGUAGUUCUCGGUCCAGCAGGAAGAGACAAGACCGACUGAUCCCAGAACUCUCGCCCACCAUCAACCUCCGCGAACUGAUCAAGCGACCCCUGGUCAUUAACCCCAACACUAAUAGCAAACUGGAGUGGGACCCCGAGAAGAAGGUGGUCCGACUGAAUGGACAGAACGUGGUCAACCAGCAGUUUUUGGCGCGUGGGGAGACCCAGAAGUUUUCGCCGUACCAAGUGAAAUCCGCAUCUGGAGGGUCCGGGGGUAACUGUUUUGUGAUGGACUCCUCGGGUAAUCUCCAGCACACUGUCACACACAAUGGCAAGACGUUCAUCUUCCAGAACAAACCCACCGGCAAAGUGACCCCCAGACCGACCUCAUCUUCCACCUCAUCCAACCCACAGAGGAGCCUACUGACCACUGUGUCCCAGAAAGGCCAGGAGAAGACAACAGGUCAGUCGGAUCUUUUAGCAGGUCACGGUCAGGGUGGUGGUUCAGUGAAGGUCAGCUUACCAAUCUCCCAAUCAGCCUUGACCCCAGGAAACCAGUUUGUGGUGCAAACCCCGCAGGGACCAAAGACUAUACGUAUCGUGUCCACCACUGCCCCCACUCAGACAGUUUCCUCGGCGACAGGUAGUCAGACUCAGUCUGCCUCCCCGGCCGCCUCCACGGCAGUGUCUGGGGAGGGGAUCAAGGUCUCUGGGGGUAUGCUGGUGGUGGAUGGCCAGGUCACAGGAAUUCCAGUGUCUGGAAAAACAAGAAUUAUUUAUAAAGCUCCCCAAGGAGUGGGAUCUCCUGGAGCAUCCUCAGGGAAAACCAUUGUCAAGCUGGUCACCACACCAGACGGUAACAGAGUACUGCAGACUGUGGGUCAGCCUGCCAUCAUUCGAGCCAUGGCAACCCAGCCCCCUAAGCCUGGCGCUACAUCACAGCCAGCCAUCAUACAGGCGCCAGCCAGGAAUCUAAACAUCCUCCAGUCACCAGUCAUAAGAGGGGCUUCUCCAGCGGCAAAACCUCAAUCCAGGGGCCGUCUCAUUCCAGAGCUAUCUGCAGAGUCAGGUUUUAGUGGGUUUGUUCCAUCUGGUCUUCAAGAGGGAAUUAAAUCCCAAGUACAGGCCCCUCAGAGUUCUGUAACUGCUACCUUAGUUACAAAUGUGGUGGGUGGAACACCUUCAGUGUCAGUCCCUUCACACUCAGUAGUUGCUCCUUCCCUUGUAGGGAAUGUGAGCCCAGCUUCUGUUCAGAACCAACCCCAGAAAGUGAUUCUUAGCAUGAUGCCAGGAGGAGACCUACUUUUACCAACCACUGUACAAAAUAUCAAUCAAGUCAGAGAUAAUGAGGCACAUGCAGGUGUAAGUGGGAAUCAACAAAUCCAACCCCAAACAAACAAUGAAUCAGUGAACAGUGAUGCAAAUUCUGUUGUUAAUCAGGUGAUUGAAGACCCAAGUGUCAGUAUAGCUCAGAAACGGAAACUGGAGAAUUCUGAGAGUGAGUUGCUGGUACCUAACAAACAGUGGCAGGGGGACCAGACUGUGUCUGGUGGCCAGGACAGCUCUACUGUGACUUAUGUGUCAAUGGGUUCCAGUGCACCAACAGUAGUGUCCACCGAGUGCCCAGUCUCCAACCUCCCUGUGGUAUCCACUGUACAAUUAGUAUCAGGUACACCUGUUGUCUCACAAUUCCCAGCCGUGUCCAAUGUUCUGAUUGGCUCUAAUGUUCAGAUACCAGUGGUCAGCAAUAUACCGAGCAGCACAAAUUUGGGUUCUAGUGUACAGCUCGUGUCGUCCCUUCCAGUGGUGUCCAGUGUCCCCGCAGGGUCCAGCAUUCAGUUCGUGCCAUUGAUUACAAGCAAUGUGACACAACAGAACAGUCAAGCAGUGGAAAGUCUGACAAGGAAAGGGAAUUUGUUUGAUAAUUUAGAGACAUUAGUACCAAGUGCACAACCAACAGUGGUGACAAAUGGCAUCUCCAACCAGAAUCCACCCGCUCCGGGAACAACUCCGCCCUCAGCCCCAGCCCCCGUCUUCAAACUGUCACCUGAGGUCAUGAACAAGGUGUCCAUGUUUGCGGCGAACCUUCACUCAAACUCUCUUGCCAGCAAACUUCAGGGCUUGACAAAGUCACCCUCCCAAUCAACACAGAGUGGAAACUUGACCAACAUUGUUUUGACCAAUCCUCUUGCUGCAACCUCCAACCUCACUACCAUAGCAACCACGAUACCACAGCAACCGAUCACACUGCUGCAUGCUGGGAACUUGGAGCCCACUGCUUCCUCCCAGCAAACUGUGCAUGUCACGGGGCCUCACCUCACUGCAGAGGAAAUGGUGCAGGCUGGCUUAGUGCCUAAACAGGACCAUGUUUGACAGCAGCUUCAAUUAGAUCAGCUUUUACUAACCAAUCAAAAGCAAAAAAAUUCCAAACCCUCUGAGAAAAACCAGCAGGACUGAUGCGCCAGGAGCAGUGUGGGAUGGGGAGGGGGGAUACAGAUGGAAACCAGUCACCAUCAUUGUGUCAUUUAUGUAAACGUUUGGCAGUAUUUACAGUAAUGGAAGGAGAAUGUGUGUGCACCAGGAAUAUCAUUUGGCUCCAUGCUUUUACACCUGAACAAACUUUCUUUCUGUGUAUUUUCUUUUAUUCUUUUCAUUCAUUGUGAUAUUGUGGGUUUAACUCAUCUCAUAUUUUGUGAAAAUAAGUCCUUAAAUUUUUGUCAGGUUAGUACAGUUGAAUAGUUCCUGUGAGUGGAUUUGAGUGUGAAUGUUCUGUGAUGCCAUCCGGCAAAGACUUGUGUGGAAUUAACCCAACUUUUAUCAAAUGUCAUAACUGUUAGGUCUAUCAUGAUUUAUUUUGACAAAUGUUAAAAAUGCAAGUUUUUAUCUCAGUGUUAGUAAUUCAUUCAUGUAAGUAUUCUUGGCCUCAAUGUAAUUUCUAUAUUUGAUAUGAUAUUUGUUUGGAGGCUUUUGUACCAUACGCUCUCUGUUGUGAACGAUAUACAAUGUCAGCUGUUCUUUUCUGUGUGGUAGGGCAUUUGUUUUUUAAUAUGACAAAUUUCAUGAGAAUUUUACGGCACAUCUGAAUGUAUAGCAUCAAUUUGUGUCAGUAGAAAAUAAACAGUGAUAUGUGUU